AUGGGAUGCACUCAAGCAAAAUAACCUAAAAUUAAAUUGAGUCCUGAGGAAAUAAAAGAGCUUGAAGCUUGCCGUGAAGCUAUACUUUAAUGUAUGAAGGCUUCUCGCAAUAAUUAAUUUUACUACAGCUAACCUUAAAGAAGUUAAAGUAGACUCAAUUAUAUAAACACAUAAUCAGACUGUACUCUCCCUACAAAAAAUUCCCUUAAUUCACCAAAGAAAUAGUGA